AUGUCGCCAUUGAAUCUCUGCUCUCGGAAACCUUGGUUGGUAAGAUCCUCUCCUCAUCUCUCUGAUGGCUUAUCAUCAUCAUCUACCUUGAGGCAAAUGGCUCCUGUCAUCGUCUGCAAUGAUCCUUGUAGACCGUAUUGUAAAAAAGUCCUGUUCAUGACAAAAAGUUUGUCCGUCACUCGUUCUGAAAGAAAGGAGUGCGCAAAACUGAUGUGGGAAAUGGGAAAGAUAGCAUCAUCCAAUGGAUGGAUAGCUAUUCUAAAAGACGGUGCGAUGCAUCUACGAGACACUGAUCUAAUAACAGAGCCGAAACGCAUCCCUCUGCCUCCUCUUACAACUCUGCCUCAUUGCCAAACACAGGUCGUGACGAACGUGGCCAUGUCCUCAACCUUUCCCGAGGAAGAGGAUUGUGUUGUGGCUGUCAAGUUCUUGGGGCCUCAGCUCAGUUUCUGCAGACCCAAUAACUCCAAGGAGGAGUGGAUCAACGUAAGAAUCGAAAACCCUAGCUUCUUCUCUUCCCCUAUCAUAUUUUCCAAGAAACAUGGCGUGUUUCUCACUCCUGGAGCUGGAGGCCACGUCAUCGCAUCAUGGGAUCACCACAACCCCCUCCCAAAAUUGCAGACAUUGCGGUUUCAAAACCUUCCAAAACUGUCAAAGACCAAACGAGACAUCCUGGACUCGUGCAGCACGAGCGAACACUUGGUGGAGUCAAAACCCACCGGCGAAAUGUUCAUGGUUAAGCUGUACAGGAAGUUCGCCAGUUUUAUGUUCGGCACGGCCGCGAAUUUGAGAACAGAAGCUUUGAUGGUGUUCAAGCUGGACGAUGAAGGGAACGCUGUUUACACUCAGGACAUUGGAGAUCUCUGCAUUUACCUCACAAGAUCUGAGCCUUUCUGUCUCCCUUCCAGCUUCUCUCCUACCCUGUGCCGUCCUAACCGCGUCAAAAUCUUUGAUAUAGAUGAAGACAAAUUUUUCAAGCUGUCUGAUCAAAAGUGGAAUUGUUCAAGGCAGACCCCCUUAGAAUCUUUCGAUUGUUCCUCCGGUACUUGGUCUUGGGUUUGAGUCUAGAUUUUGUUAAAAUAUUGAUGAAAUUAUAUUGAAAAAUAUUUAUUAGCAUGUGAGAUACUCUUUUUGGAGUUCUCUAGCAGUGAGAUUGUUG